AUGCAGGCUGAACUGAAGCGAGAAAUCGAGGACAAAACGGGGGCUUUCAACCGAGCUCUGGAUGAACUGCAUAAUAACCAGGGAAGUCGGGAAAGUGUGACCGAAUCUGUGCUCGAGUUGAUUAACGUGGUUUGGCCGUUGUCGGCACAAGAAGGGCAUGAUUCGACCGAACUUCGCCAAGUUAUCCGUUAUGUCUCGAACCUACUUCGCCCCGCUGACGAGGACGAGUUGCUGCCAUCCCGCUCGACCCCCUCACCGACGUGCAAUAGCGUUGAUAUGCUGUCGCCCGCUCAUUUGUCAUAUGUGGAGGGAGAUGGCGCGGAGCACACGACCGCACGCGGAAAGAGCCCUCUAGAUCGAGUGGAUGGUCUUCAGACGGGCCAAGUGGAGCCAGAUUUUCUGAACAUGGCUAUUUCAUCUAGCGACCUUGCGGCCAUCUUCCCAGAAGACUUCUAUGAACAUAUGCUUAACGACAAUUCAAACUUGGCGUCUCAAAACUCUCAACCUCAGGGCUUUGGGACAUUGAUGGCAAUAGCUGACAAUAUGGAAGACUCGGGCCUCGAUUCACUUAUGCCAGAGGAUGGUCUUUCGUUGCUAUCACAGCUGACUCCUCCGUUGGAUAUCAGUAUGAGCAUAGGCUUACAACCAUAUACGUCCGAGUUCUGGGAGGCAUGGUUGGCUGAGUUACUUCCAAUGGCCUGUCCUGACUCGCCCGCAGGUCUGGGGGCUUCCAAUGCAGACCUGAGCAAUGAGCUUUCCCAAAGCUUGAAUGGGCUGGUGCCUGUCACACCUGACCUGUAUGAUCAUCUUGAUGAGAGCGAGGUCUCCCCAGGACUAUCUGCUUCCAGUGCCCCAACGUCAACCAGGAUUGCGACCAAUGUGGACGAAAUUGCCACUGGCCUAGUGAACAAGGAUUCGGAGCCUGAGUUGCUUGAGCAGAUAGCCAGAUUGGAUAGCUUUCCAACCGCAUAG